AUGGCAAGUUCUUUUAUGUCUAUACUAGCAUCCUCUAUCCUAACAUACCCUACCCUGCCCUACUCUGCACUAUCCUAACUACCUUACCAUAUUUUACUAUACCCUACUCUACGUAAUGCUAAAAUAUAAAAGUUUUAGAGAUUCUCCUUCAACACAUAUGCCUUAUUCAUUAUCAGGCUACAUGGCUUUGGAGCAGCAAUCUUCUUGAUUGUUUGGAAUUACUUUGAGUAUCGACUAAGAUUCUUAAAAUGUUUAACUGAUGCUGCUUGUGGUGCUGGAAUCAUUAAGGCUAGGAAGAUGAUUGAGAAGUGUAAUGUAAGUGAUUUUACUGCCAGUUUCUUUUGGUACGGUAAGUAUUACAGUAAGCUACUGUCGUAAAAUUUCAAUAAUUUCCUUUCAGGUAACCCUCCUAUCAUUUGUAUUCAUAACAAUCCUAAUAUCAACCACCUUCCAACUGCUACACGUCUUCAAAGCCAAUACUCCAAUGUCCAAAGACACCAUCGAUUAUGUGCCAGUAGUACCAACAGUACUACUAAUCAUAACAACAAUAUUCGCACUUGUAGCUCAAACGAAUGCCAUGUCAGUUGUAUAUAUUCAUUUUGCAGUAAUUUGUGCUGAGUAUGACAAGCUGGCGUUUGAAUUCAGAGAAGAUGUCAAUACCUUUCAAUUACCGGUCGUUACCCAUUACGCACAUGCUCAUCACAAUAUAUGGCGAUUGUGGACGGUUAUUAAUAGAGUUAUGAGGUAA